AGCUGGUACGGUGUGCGAUCGUCUUGAAGGACGACGUGGGUGGCUCAGAGUACGUCUGCGCGACUUAGCUUGUACCUCACGCACGCUCACUUCGUACUUAUAAGCGUCCACACUUGCACCGCCGCGGGUGAGUAAUGCGACAGCAAUCUGUGCUCGUACAACUGUGCAUACUCACUUCCAGAAGGGCAGGUUAUUGGUCAUCGGAUGGACGUGUCCACGGUGAGGCCGGUGCGCUGUUGUCUUACACUGUCUUCGCUCGCGUUACUGCUCGUUCGUUAUCUCGCUGCAACGCCGUAUUCAUGCACGAUAACCCGCUCACAGUGCCAAAAGCUCGAACGGCCUCCGGCGUUAAGUAAGCUUUUAUCUGCACUACAUUUCCCAGCUAGGUCCUCCUUGUACAGUGUGCAGCCACUCACGAAAAGAAACAAGACGUCACCACUGUUCGGACCGAAGGCCAGCGCGUGCGGUACGUACGGUGCAUUUUUAGUUCAGUGCGCGCCGAGUGGCAUCUGCGUGCCCCCCCUCCGGCGGUGCAGGCCGCCGACAAACGGUCAGCGUGAGUCCCGUCUCGUCUCCCGGUGUGUUCUCCCUGCGCUAUCAUCCACAAUAGCAACUUGACGUUCGAACUGGCAGCGUCGGAGUCGGACUCGCACUGGAAGGGGUACGCGUCCACACGCGAGCCUGACUGGACGCAGC